AUGUUACAAAGGAGAAAUAUUGCAUCAGGAACAUACUUAAUAACAAAGCAAGAAAAUUUCAAGCAAUCGGCUGAAAUAAUUUCGAAACUUACACCAAAUGAUAUAAAAAUAGCAAUUAAACAAAAACAAAAUAAACAAUUGAUAACAAAUAGAGCAGUGUUCGAAUUGUUAAAAAAUGUAAAUAUUGUCGGUGAAAGAAUUAUGGUGAUGUUGUAUGCGAGAGAAGAAAUAGACAUUAAUAAUUUACUUCCAGAAGAAUUUCCAACAGCAACAGAAAAAGCCAGGUUGGCAUAUCUUGAUCCAACUGCAGUAGCUAAAUACUUCAAUAACUUAAUAAAAAAUAUAAUUAAAUUCAUUUUUGGUUAUAGGAAACCAGAAGGCAGAGUAUUAGAUUCAUGGUCUUCAGACUUUAACGAGAAGCUUCAUCUUGAUAUUCUUAGGAUAGCAAAAUGCACAUUAUUCUAUAAAUUGGAAGCACCGGGAAAAAUUUACCCAGAACUUGGGGUUAUUGCCCUUCAACAUCGCAAUGCUUAUAUAAACAAUCAUAAUCCCUACAUAAAUGCUAGUUGCCAUGGAAAUAAUGAUAUAAGAUUUAUUACGGCUGUCAAGUUAGCACUAGCAUAUAUUCAUUAUAUCACAGAUUAUAUAAUGAAAUCUGAUAUUGUAGGACAGACAGAAGUAACCGGACCUCAAGUAUCAAUGUACCUUUUAAAUUUUAAAGAUCAUUAUACACCAAAUAAAUUUGUUACAAUAUAUCUUAACUCUUUUGAAACAUAUCUGUUCUCACAAUAUCUAAAUAAAAACUUAUUUAACUUGACAUAUUCAGAAAGUUCUGAUACUAACAGUAAUGAUAAUGAACCAGAACAAAAUGAAGACAGUUCCAAAUUUGCUGAUGAUGAGAUAUUUACUAUAAUAAAUUUAGGAAAUCGAGUAAAUACAGUAAAUUUAUGCAUUGAUUAUAUGUACUGUAAUGAACAAUUAAGGAAUAUGUGUUUUUACAAUUAUGCUGCAACAAUUCAUAAAAUAAAAAUCAACAGUAAAGAACUGGACAAACUAAAAAGACAAAAAAAUCGUAAAGGAUAUGCAACAAGAGUAGACCAAUUUCUGUUUUUAGAUGAAGAAAAAGAAUGCAAUGAAACUUGUGAUCAUGAUACAAUACAUCCACAACACUCUACACACAUGCAAGCUCAUUGGUGA